UCUCCACAGGGAGCAGAGAGCGUUUCCGGUGACUGGACGCUGGUUUUAGAUGGUGGAGUUUCAGAGGAGACGAGUCUCCUGCUGCACCGGGAGAGGACACGCUUUACUGAGCCGGAGGAAACGGACCGAGUCACGGUUUGUCUUGUAACGGACGGAGAUAACGAGUCGAACGGCGGCGGGAGACGUCGGAGCCGCGGCGGCCCGGUAACGGCUCGGUAACGGCUGCGGCGGGUCAUCAGCUGGGACCGUAAACUGGGACGGACCGAAUGGCUCGGCCGAGGAAGAAAACCACCGCUGGGUGUUUAGCAUGAGGCUCUGCGGGGGGAGACGGCUGGAAAACAACAACAACAACAAUAAAAACAAGAAGAAGAAGGAGGAGAGGACGGUGUGUGAGAGAGGAGCUGCGGCCCGGUGACAUUUAUUUAACCACAGAAGAAGAAGAAGAAGAAGAAGAAGAAGAAGAAGAAGAUGAUGAUGGGAGGGAGAGUGGAGCUGCUGGAGGUCUGCUGUCUGCUGCUGCUGCUGAGUGGAAACUCACUCUGCAGAGACUCUACUCAGACCGAACACCUCUCCUCCUAUCAGCUGACCGUCCCUCGGCCAAUCGGAGGAAGGCUGAGGCGGGACGUGGACGGACGACCGCCCAGUCAGGUGUCCUAUAUCAUCACUGUGGAUGGAAAUGAUCAUGUCGUUCAUCUGGAGAGAAACGAGCUGCUGCUGCCUGCAGACUUCACCGUGUACUCCUACAGUCAGAACGGAUCCCUGAUCACAACCAGACCACCUGUACAGAACCACUGUCACUAUCAGGGCUUCGUUCAGGACGUGGAGGGUUCGUCUGCUGCUAUGAGCAUCUGCAACGGCCUCAGAGGAGUGUUACAUCUCACCGACGACAGCUACGGCAUCGAGCCGUUAAACUCCGCCCCCCACCAACACCUGGUGUACCGCCUACAAGACGUGACAUCACAGCCCCGGGGGUGUGGAACGCCACAUUAUGACCAGCAGGGGAACGCCACUGAGCACGCUCAGUACGGAGAGGAGGAGAUCCACCACGGACAGCACAGCAGGGUGGGUUCUCACACACACACACACACACACACACACGGUGAUGGUUUUUCAUUGUCGUCCAUUUUGUUGCAGGUAAAACGAGCUGUUCUUCAUAAAACUCACUACGUGGAGCUGCUGCUGGUGGUCGACAACGACAGGUAUAAUUUCAUGAACAGGAAUGAAACAGCAGUGAGGGAGGAGAUGGUUCAUCUGGCCAACUUCAUAGACAGUAUCUACGUGCAGCUGAACAUCCGGGUGGUCCUGGUCGGUCUGGAGAUCUGGACUCAGCAGAACCAGAUCAGCACCGAAGGAGCGGCCGGAGAAGUUCUGAGCCGCUUCACACAGUGGAGAGAGAAGGAGCUGGUUCCCCGACGCCGCCACGACUCAGCACAACUCAUCCUGAGGAGGAGUUUCGGAGGAACAGCAGGGAUGGCCUUCGUCUCCACCGUCUGCUCCAGAAGUCAUGGAGGCGGGAUCAAUGCGUUCACCAACACCAACCUCCCGUCCUUCGCCUCCAUCGUGGCUCAUGAGCUCGGACACAACCUGGGGAUGAACCACGACGACGGACGCCAGUGCACCUGCCCCACCAGUGCCUGCAUCAUGCACUCUGGAGCCACAGGAUCCAGGAACUUCAGUACCUGCAGCGCUGAUGAUUUUGAAAAGAUGAUCUUGUUGACGGGAGGAUCGUGUCUCCUGAACGUCCCCCGUCCUGACGAGGCCUACAGCGCCCCCUACUGUGGGAACCGACUGGUGGACAUGGGGGAGGAGUGUGACUGUGGAUCUCAGAAGGAGUGUGAGGACGACCCCUGCUGUGAGUAUCAGACCUGUAAACUGAAGCCUGGAGCUCAGUGUGCGUACGGAGAGUGCUGCUACAACUGUCAGUAUCAGCCAGGAGGAACAGUGUGUCGGUCCAGUACAGAUGACUGUGAUCUACCUGAGUACUGUAACGGCUCCUCAGCCCUCUGUCAGAGUGACGUCUUUGUCCAGAACGGUCAGCCCUGCAGGAAGAAUCAGGCGUACUGUUAUAACGGGAAAUGUCAACACUACGAUGGACAGUGUCAGGCGAUAUUUGACUCCAAGGCGAAGGCAGCUCCUGAGAUCUGUUUUAAGGAGGUGAACAGUAAAGGUGAUCGUUUUGGUAACUGUGGUUACCAUAACAACGGCUUCAAGAAGUGUGAGAGCAGAAACGCUCUGUGCGGGAAGCUGCAGUGCUCCAACGUUCAGGCGGUGACGGUGUUCGGCAUCGAACCGUCGAUCAUCAGCACGCCGAUCGCAGGAGCCAAGUGUUACGGAGUCGACUUCAUGCUCGGAUCAGAUGUCCCCGACCCCGGGAUGGUGAAUGAGGGGACGAAGUGUGGAGACAACAAGGUUUGUAUGAACUUUGAGUGUCGCAGCGCCGACGUCCUGAACUACGACUGUGACGUGGAGAAGAAGUGUCACGGACACGGGGUGUGUAACAGUAACAGGAACUGUCACUGUGAGGACGGCUGGGCUCCGCCUUUCUGUGAGGUCAAAGGUUACGGAGGCAGCGUGGACAGUGGACCCACCUGGAACGAUAAGGACACGUCCCUCAGAGACGGUCUGUUGGUCUUCUUCUUCCUCGUCCUCCCUCUGCUCGCUCUGGGUGCGUUUGUUUUCCUGCGCAGGAACGAGCUGCUGCGACGACUCGGGCUGAGCCGCAGGAAGAGGUCGCAGGGAUACCAAGCCGACGGUGCAGCUUCAGCCAAUCCCAGCAGAGGACCACCUCCCAGAGCGCAGCCUCCAUCUGUUGCCCGGGGCAACGCCAACAACAUCGUCAGAGACGGGCACCAUGCUCAGCUACUGCCACCACAGGAGGUGGUGGAGACCAGCAGAACGGCUCCAUCCUACGCUGUGAGGCCUCCUCCUCCUCCUCUAAAACCAAAACCUUCUGCUGCAUCACAGCCUCUGGUGCCUCAAAGACCUGCCCCCGCUCCACCUGUUUAACUCAUUGGGGGCCCCGCCCACCACACCUGGAUGGCACCUCCCUUCUCUUCCCCCUUCUCUUCUUCUUCAACCUCAGACCCUGUCCGCUCAGAGCUGGUUACCUAGCAACAGCCAGGAAACAAUUCUGGAGCCAAGAUGGCAGCCGGCCAGCCCUGAAGUCUGCCGGGGGCCGGACUACAAACUGGACCAUCAGGAAACUGGACCCAGUCAGACCGGACUAGGAAUUUACCAGGACAAACAGGAAGCAGCUAUCCUCUACAGUCUGUCUUUACUGUGUUUCUUCUUUCUUUAAAGAUUAAAAAACUCAGCUCCGGCAGAUGAAACAUCAUCUGUCACCAAACCAGCCAAUCACAUUUCCAGAACAGAGUCAGCUGUGACAUCAACAAGCCAAAUACCAGAUUAGCGCGUCAUUACGUUUCAUAUUCCUGCUGUAAAAGCUUCCCUGAUCUCUAUUGGUUACUUUGCAUGCUAGGUAGCUAAGAAGCAUUUGCCAGUUAACAGGGGUUAGGCUUACAAGCUCUGUAGCUCUGAGCUAUGUAACUACAGUGUGUCCCACUUUUCAUGCGAGCCAGUUUGUUAACUAUUUUUUGGCAAUACUAUGAAAUGUACAAGUGUACUCAAGCUAAUGCUAGUAUGCCUUAUCACCAGUAACUGCUGAGUCACUGCACUGAAACAUUUCAUCAUCGACAUUUUGUACACUAAAAACAAGUGGCAAUAACUCACUCCAUUGACUUUUUUACUAAUAAGCUAAUAACUAGAACUGUUUAGCUAACUAACUUUGCUAGCUAACUACACUAGCAGGCUUACAAAGUUAUGAGCAAGUGCUAUGCAGCUACAGUGUAUCCCACAUUUCAUAUUACUGCUGUUAGCAUUCUGAAAUAUAGCUAGUUAGCUUUGUCACCUGUUAAACUGAGGCUUAAUUUUUAGUCACUCAAAUAUUUCAGCAUUAUCAACUUGUACUUAUGUUGUAAAAAGCUGUUUUAAAAUUUACUCUUUGACCUCCAGCACUGCUAAACUAAGGUUAGCUACUUAAAGACCUGGCUAGCUAACUAAUGUAACAGCACUACUAAGCUUAGCCAUCUUGCUAACAAACGUUUGCUAACUAAAUGCAAAUGUAAAAAGGUCAUGAGCCAAGUCCAAGCUAAUUAUCUACAGCAUGUCUUUACACGAUGAGUACACGUCUCAUGAAUGAACUGCCAGAAGUUUUCACUACAUUGUUUACAUAUAGCAGUAUUUACACUAUAUUGUAUUCUACACCACGUACAUUAUAUAGUGAAUACACUUAAGUGCAGUAAUACACUUUAUCAGCUAGCUAGCUAAUUGAUGUUAGCUUCAUAAGUUGGUCAAAACAUUUUAGUGUUUCCGACUUUUCACUUCAAACUGGGAAACCUGCGAAAAACUUUGUUAUAACUCUAAGUACAUGACAAUACUAAGAUGGAGGAGAGUUUCACUCUGAUUGGCUGGUUUGAAGACAGAGAUUAUUGUUACUGGAGGUGACUUUCUUUCUUUCUUUCUUUCUCUCUAUGAAUGAAAGCACUGGUGCCGCCUCAUUGCACCUCCCCUCUGCUCAGCACUGUCUUAGGAAUGUAACGCACCCCUGCUGCUGCUGCUGUGCAGGUGCGCUUGGUCUCCACCACUCGCUCGGCGAUCUCUCUCUCCAGAAUUGUAAAAUCACAGUAUGCAACAGCGUCUGAGUGCAGAGCUGCUCUGGGUUUCAGUUCCUCUCCUCUGGAUCUGGUUCUGGAUCUGGAUUUGUGUGGUACGUUGAUGUUUGUGACUCUGCUGGCUGGUGUUUCUGCAGGGAAUGUACACUCACCUCUUUACGUUCUAAACCUCACCUGAAACACUUCAACACUGUUAAAUCUGAUACCUGGAAUUAGAUUAAAAUCUUUCGAUGUCUGAGGUCGAAAGAGAAUCCCUUAAACCAGAUCCAGUUCUGGCUGUUUAAAAAAACAGAAGCAUUCUGGGGAAUAUAGGCAGUCACUAAAUGUAAGUUGGAUAAAUUUGAAUACACAUCUUUUCUCACCUGAAGAAGUUAGCUGUUGAGAAAGUGAGGUCUCUAAAAGAUGGACGACAUGCCUUAACUUCCUCCAACUGUACAAAAUGGAGUCAAAAUAUCGCACAUAGGAGCGCUGCCAUCUUGGUGUGCUAGCGAUGUUGUUUGGAGCCACGGUAUCAAAGUCCCGCCCAUACACCUGCCCGGCCAAUUGUGAGUCAAUCACAUCUGUCAAUCAUGAAGCUACACCCACUUUUUAUAGCGUCAAAUAACUAAUCAAAACAAAUGUAUCAGUAGAUUUAACACGUAAAAAUACAACAGCGUGAUUAGAACAACUUAAAUCAACAGAAACCAUCUUCGGAAAAAAUGUAUGUGACGUACUCAUGUCCAGUCAACUAACCCUUAAAUCUGGAAACGUGGAGAUUUUGUUUUAGUGUUGAGAAGCUUUUGGAAAAUUAUGUGUUGGGUGUGAUGCACUGUUUUUUUUGUUUGCUGUAUUUUACUGUAGUUUUAGCGUAGACAGAUUUCUGAGAACACCCAGCAACACAUUGUUUUCACAAGUAACCAGGUUUUGAGUCCAGCUGGAUCGGUUUGGAUUUAGUGGAGAGGAGGUGCAUUGUGGGAAAUCUGUUAACAAGCAUUCACUUUUGACACACCCAGUACAAAGUGGUUCUGUUUCUUGAUCCCAUUUGUUCCCAGUCCUGAUCCUGAGCUCUUCUGAAGUUUAAAACCAGGAAGUGAGGAUCAGUGUGCAUGGGAAGCACUAUCAAACAUCCCUGACUGAAGGUGUAACAGUGUUGAAGUGUCUUAAAGGUGGAAACUAUCCGUUAAACUCUUAGUUCACCACUGGAUCACCUGCAUCAAAGUCCUGAAAGUGUCCAGACUUCCUGUCCCCGCCGUCUUUAAACACCAACAUCACCUGAAUGUGAGAAACUGAAGGACUCAUCCUUGGACUCUGAGCUCCGGUUUGCAGACUGAUUCUGAUCAUUUGAAAACAUUCAGGACAGUUUUAGUUUCUCCGUUGUCGUGUGAAUGCACCGCGGCCGGUCACUCAGCUGCUCACCUCCUUCGCUGACAGUUUUCAUUCAAACCAGGGAUUUUUACUCCACCACCAGGGAACCAAAUGUUUCUGACCGACUGGCUUCCUCUGACUGUUAGCAUCGAUAGCCAGUUAGCCGCACACUGCAAUUUAAUGAACCUGGAUGCACUGUGUUGUGUGAGGAGAACAUCAUGUUGAUAUUUUUAUCUGCUUUAGUAUAUUUUUAAUUUGCUUUCUUGAGUGUUUUUGCACAGAAAUGGGUGUGAACCAGAGGACUGAGGAUUCAAAUAAGUCACUCACAGGGCUAAUCUAGUGCCAUUUGAUUGUUUUUAUGCCAAAAAAAUAUUCAGACCAAUCAGUGUUUCUUCCUGAACUUGAGUGUGGAGAACAGACUGUUCAGACUGAAGUUAUUUACAGACACAGAGCAGCUGAAGCAUCAGGUUACAGGCUGUAAACUGCUGCUGAGUUUAAAGGUGUCUGGUUAUAGUCUCCAUUUUCUUUAAAAAUCAACUCAUGUUCAGAUCCAAACCAACAGGUAGUUUCCUCUGAGUGUUUCUACAGCCUGAUAGGUUCCUCUGAGCCACACAGCUCCAAGUGUGGAUUAAUCCGCCGCUAAAAAUAGUCCCCAGCAAAUGCAAAUCCUGUUUAGAAUAAAUAUUACAUUAUUAUAUGACAGAAAUAAAACUCACAGUAUUCAGGUGUUUUUAAGAUUAGAAAAUGAACCUUACAUCUGUGAGGAUUCAUGUCUUCAGUAGGAACCAUUCAGAGACAGAGGAGGGAAGGUUUUGAGAGACGGACGAACACACUGUUGGAUUGAGUCUGAACAUGUUGGAUUUGUUUAAAAACACCUGACUGGUUCUUUAAACGGUCCUGAUCCAGCUGAUAGUCUGAUCAGUCUGAAGGAACAUGUUUGGCCCUGAGUUCAGUCUUUCAGGCAGAGAUUCCUCCCAAACCCGAGCAGGACCGCAGGCUUAGAGUCGAGGUGGAAAGUAACUUAGCUGCAUUUACUCAAGUACUGCAUGUAAGUACAGUUUUCAGCUACUUGUACUUUCUUUGAGUAUUUAAUUUAAUUUUCUGCUUUUUACUUCUUUUACAGUUAUCUGACACCUGCAGGUGAGCUGUAGUUGUUAUAGACAGGUCCUAACAGGUGAAUGGUCAUUAAAAUGUCAUAAUUCAGAAAUUCUCCAUACUGAGUAAACUCCCCGUAUUUUAGAUUCUUUUAAGUUCAUUUUGGAUUUAAUUUGUUAAUACUUAAGUACUUUUACUUAAGUUAACUAUGAAAAACCAGGACUUGUAACUGAGUGUUUCUUCACCGUGCUACUUUAUUGCUGCUUUUACUUCUUCCGUCACUUUGAGCCUGCUGGGCAGUAACUUUUUAAAAAUGGGAUGUGUCUGCAGCCUGACAGGUAAAACUCAGGGCAAAGUUUGUAUUGAUACUGAACCUGUGUGAACUCACUGAAUGAGGGCGGUAUCACAGGUGUCACCUGGUCGCCCCGGAAACACUGAUAUCACCAUGGCAACGCAGAGACGCUCAUCACCUUUUUCUAUUAUAAUAAAUGAUUUUGUGUAGGAUUUUUUUCUCGCAGGUGUAAAACUGUUUAUCUGUGGUAAAGAAAAAACUCUGAGGAGUUUUAUUCUAUGAAAUGUUGCUGUGUCACGUGGGAAACUGAAGAAACCUUUGCUUCUGAUCUCAGACCUGUCGGACAUCUCGUGGACGUGUCGUAAACGGACAGUUUCAAGUUACUAUAGCAACGGUCGUGGAGCAGGUCUGCGACUGAAAAUGCCAAAACUCGUGCUGCGUUCAGGUGCUGUUUGCUGUGAAAACCCCCAAACUUCCUGCAGCUUCACACGAUAAUGUAAUAAACUUUAUUCAAACUGAAUGUCGUUAUGUUUUAUUGGAAAACAACACAGAAAAGUUGUGACUGCGGGAUAAUUCACCUUGUACGAAGCCAGGAGGCAGAAUUUAAACCCUGAUUCGUCCGAUUUACUGUGUGGUAAUGUGAUUCAAAUUCAUUCAGGAAUAUGUGACAGAACUGAAAUAUUAGACUUUAACCUUAUAACAUGUAACUUUUCCUCAUUAAAAUGUCUAUUAAUGACUCUA